AUGGCUUUCCCAUUCAUGCGAGCAUUUGUCGCCCUCUUCUUCUAUCGCUACCUUCGUCUGGUUGUCAAUCUCUUCUCUUUCUGGACAUUCAAGCCCAUUCCGCCCCCGGAAAACCCGAAAUUGACAGCGCAAGAUGUGACGGUGAUUCUACCAACUCUAGAAGGCUGCGGAGACGAAUUGGUUGAAACUAUCAGAACGAUCCUCGACAAUCACCCUUAUGAGCUUCUUUUGGUGACCAUUGAAGCAAACCGGAAGAAGGCUGAAGAUAUGCUGAAGCUAAUGCCAGCUUCGAAGUCGAGAAUCCGUCUUUUCACGGUGACUCAUCCAAAUAAACGUCGCCAAAUGACAAGAGCCAUUCCUGAGGUUCGCACAGCUAUCACCGUCUUUGCUGAUGAUGAUGUGAGCUGGCCACGCACAGUGCUGCCCUGGAUCCUUGCACCUUUCGAGAAAGAUGAUCGAUACGGGGGAGUAGUUACCUGUCAGCGAUUGCGUCGCGCUGUUGCACCGACUUUUUCCCGGCGCAUCUGGGGCUUUCUGGGAGCUCUUUACCUGGAGCGUAGAAACUUCGACUGCGCAGCUACCACGCACGUGGACGGUGGAUUACCUUGUAUGUCGGGUAGGACAGUGGCAUAUAAAACCCACAUUCUCCAAGAUGAAGGUUUCACAUAUGCCUUUACAAACGAAGAGUGGUGGUUUAGAAGAUACCAGUUGAAUGCAGAUGAUGAUAACUUUAUCACGCGUUGGAUGGUAUCGCACGGCUGGGAGACCUACAUGCAGUACCAUCCUGAAGCUGAAGUCUUGACGACUUUGGAAGACAAUCCCAAAUUCCUGAAGCAAUGCGCGCGGUGGUCCAGAAGCAACUGGAGAAGCAAUCUCACUAGUAUGUUUCAUGAGAAGCACAUCUGGUACCGUCAGCCAUGGAGUGCAUACGCAGUCCACCUGACAACUCUGUCUCCCCCAGCACUUUUGGGUGACUUGUUGCUUCUGUUCCUCUGCCACAAAGCCACUGUUACAUGGGAAGGGAAUUCGCAUGCUCUGGCUAUGCAAGCCCUUGGUUUGUGGAUGCUCAUUAGCAAAUUUAUCAAACUCAUAGGACAUUACGUCCGAUAUCCAGUGGAUAUGUUGCUUUUUCCUGUUUCCAUCCUUUUUGGUUAUUUCCACGGUGGAAUCAAAAUGUACGCGGUGCUAACUCUGAAUGUGACCACAUGGGGCAGUAGAGAUGGUGCCGAUGAUUAUGACGCAGAGCGCAUGAAGCGGCGAACAGAUAUUGAUCACAUGAAGCGACCCUAUUACCCAAAUUUCAUAACUCAAUGA